AUCGGCGAGCCCUCGACACAGAUGACACUGAACACGUUUCACUUUGCGGGUCGAGGCGAGAUGAACGUGACUCUGGGGAUACCGCGGAUGAGGGAGAUCCUCAUGGUAGCCAGUGCCAACAUUGCAACCCCAACCAUGGACCUACAUUUGCUGCCACAGCCGGACAUUGAGCAGCGUGCUGAGGAGCUACGAGUCAAGAUCACAUCCAUCAACCUUUCACAGGUGCUCGAGGAAGUGUCUGUCAAGGAGACGCUGCACGUCAAGGGAAGGUCAGAGCGGUACCGCCGGUAUCGCGUCCACUUUCAGUUUUUGCCUCGGCGAGCGUACCGCAAGAAGCUGCAGGCUACACCGGCGCGCAUUCUGCGCUACAUGGAGACCGAUUUCCUUCGGAGGCUCAUUGAGGCCAUCAAGCGCAAGAUGGAGCACGUCUCCUCGGAGAGGAUGACGCGCACGACAAAAGCUCGAGAACGUCGUGGGGAAGAAGCUGCCUCGACAGAGGAUGCCGGCAUGGCGCCAUCGCGUCCGGAAGCUGACGAGGGAGGCGAGAGCUCGGAUGAGGGUGAAGGGGACGGCGACACGGUUGCUCACCAGGCUGCGGCACGCCACGCCCAGGAGCGGGAGUACGAGGAAGCUGAGGAAGAAGAACGUGUCGCUGCUGAAUCUGACGAAGAGAUGCUUGAGGGUGGCGAGAACGUGCCAGCUACCGAACGUGCUCUGCCGUCAGCCGAAGAGGGCGCCUCAUCUGAUGACAUACUCGUCUCGCUCCAGGAGGUCGUUCGCGAUGAGAAGGCCGAGAAGCUGAAGCAAACCAGGAUUUUUUCGGUCGUGAAGUACAACACUUGGGUUCUGGAGUACGACUAUGACGAUGCCAAGGAGGAGUGGUGUACGUUUACAUUCCAGCUUGAGCUUAAAGGGAGCAAGUUUGACUUCGCCUCGCUGGUGGAAGAAGAGUCUGCGAAGGCAGUGUUCCAUGCCGUGCCUAACAUUACUCGGGCAUUCCUAGUCAAGGACACCAAGGACAAGUCGGGGUGUGGAAAGAUGCUCCAGACAGAAGGUGUCAACUUUGUGGAGAUGUUCCGGUACGGUGAAAUAAUUGACCUGAAGCGCAUCUACAGCAAUGACAUUCAUGCCAUUGCCAACACUUUUGGCAUUGAAGCGGCAAGAACAGCGAUUGCUAGGGAGGUGGCCAACGUGUUCGCCGUGUAUGGCAUCGAGGUGGACCCGAGGCACCUGCUGCUCGUCGCCGACUACAUGACGUUUGACGGCAGCUACCGUGCCUGCAACCGCAUAGCCAUGGAGAGCAAUUCCUCGCCCCUGCAGCAGAUGACCUUCGAGACCACCAUGAACUUUCUCAAGUCAGCCACGCUUGCCGGUGCUGAAGACCAUCUCAACUCCCCAUCUGCGCGGCUUGUGGUGGGCAGAGUGGUGCCCCUGGGCACGGGUUGCAUGCAGCUACGGCAGCCCCAGGCCCCCAGCUUCAAGUUGCGCUCACGCUAAACCCAUCGCUGGUUUAGUAGAGUCACUGGCGUCACAGGACCACUGUGAUUGCUAAAAUAGCUUUACUGUAUCUUUGAUGCUCAUUUGUUCUAAUAAACUAAUUAUGUUUUGUAAAUUUU